CUCAUCAACGCCUUCUUGCUCUCUAUCUCUCUCUUUUUCGCAUCCUUCUUAGUAUUGGCAAAAGCUCGUUGUCGUGCUCCGGCCAUGAAGACGACGAUGGCGGCGGCGGCGACCUGCCUCGUGGCGCUGCUGGUGGUGGUGCUCGCGGAGGCGGCCGGCGUGGGCUGCACCACCGUCGCCUACAAUGACCGCAGCCUGGUGAUCGACGGCGAGCGGCGCAUCAUCAUUUCAGGAUCUAUCCAUUACCCGAGGAGCACCCCGGAGAUGUGGCCUGAUCUGAUUAAGAAAGCAAAGGAAGGUGGCCUUGACGCGAUCGAGACCUACGUCUUCUGGAACGGCCAUGAGCCCCAUCGCCGCCAGUACAACUUUGAGGGGAACUAUGACAUUAUCAGAUUUUUCAAGGAGAUCCAGAAUGCUGGCUUAUACGCUAUUCUUCGCAUCGGGCCAUACAUUUGCGGCGAAUGGAACUAUGGAGGACUUCCUGCUUGGCUACGUGAUAUUCCACAAAUGCAGUUCAGAAUGCAUAAUGCGCCAUUUGAGAAUGAGAUGGAAAACUUCACGACUCUCAUUAUCAACAAGAUGAAGGAUGCCAACAUGUUUGCUGGUCAAGGUGGCCCAAUCAUCCUGGCACAGAUCGAAAACGAGUACGGAAAUGUCAUGGGCCAACUGAACAAUAAUCAGUCUGCGUCUGAAUACAUCCAUUGGUGUGCGGACAUGGCCAACAAGCAGAAUGUCGGUGUCCCAUGGAUCAUGUGUCAGCAAGACAGUGAUGUGCCGCACAAUGUGGUGAACACCUGCAACGGAUUCUACUGCCAUGAUUGGUUCCCAAAUAGGACUGGCAUCCCUAAGAUUUGGACAGAGAACUGGACUGGAUGGUUUAAAGCCUGGGACAAGCCGGAUUUCCAUAGAUCCGCCGAAGAUAUUGCUUUCGCAGUUGCAAUGUUCUUCCAAAAGCGUGGUUCUCUCCAGAACUACUACAUGUACCAUGGUGGAACGAAUUUUGGUCGCACCUCAGGUGGCCCGUACAUCACAACUAGUUACGACUAUGACGCACCUUUGGAUGAAUAUGGUAAUCUUCGGCAGCCGAAAUAUGGCCACUUGAAGGACCUCCACUCUGUGAUCAAGUCCAUUGAGAAGAUUCUUGUCCAUGGGGAAUAUGUUGACGCCAACUACAGUGAUAAUGUCACAGUUACCAAGUACACCUUGGGCUCCACCUCAGCUUGUUUCAUCAACAACCGGAAUGACAACAAAGAUCUUAACGUAACCCUUGAUGGAAACACUCACCUUCUGCCUGCUUGGUCUGUGAGUAUCUUGCCUGACUGCAAGACCGUUGCCUUCAAUAGCGCCAAGAUCAAAGCCCAAACGACUAUCAUGGUAAAGAAGGCUAACAUGGUAGAGAAGGAGCCAGAGAGCUUGAAAUGGUCAUGGAUGCGUGAAAAUUUGACGCCCUUCAUGACUGAUGAGAAGGGAAGCUAUAGGAAGAAUGAGCUCUUAGAGCAGAUCGUCACAUCAACUGAUCAAAGUGAUUACUUGUGGUACAGAACAAGCCUUGACCACAAGGGUGAGGCGAGCUACACUUUGUUCGUGAACACAACAGGGCAUGAACUAUAUGCCUUUGUGAAUGGAAUGCUUGUUGGUAAAAACCAUUCUCCAAAUGGACACUUUGUUUUCCAGCUUGAGUCAGCAGUAAAGCUUCAUGAUGGAAAGAACUACAUUUCUCUUUUGAGUGCUACCAUUGGUCUAAAGAACUAUGGCCCUUUGUUUGAGAAGAUGCCUGCUGGCAUUGUUGGAGGACCAGUUAAGUUGAUUGACAACAAUGGCACAGGGAUUGAUCUCUCCAACAGUUCCUGGUCAUAUAAGGCUGGCUUGGCAGGUGAGUAUAGGCAGAUCCACCUGGACAAGCCCGGUUACAGAUGGGACAACAACAAUGGCACCGUCCCUAUCAACAGGCCCUUUACGUGGUACAAGACUACCUUCCAAGCUCCAGCCGGUCAGGACACGGUGGUGGUGGACCUCCUAGGGCUGAACAAGGGCGUGGCAUGGGUGAACGGGAACAACCUUGGCCGUUACUGGCCAUCAUAUACAGCGGCGGAGAUGGGUGGCUGCCAUCACUGCGACUACCGCGGAGUUUUUCAGGCUGAGGGCGAUGGACAAAAAUGCCUCACGGGAUGCGGUGAGCCGUCGCAACGGUACUAUCAUGUUCCACGCUCCUUCCUCAAGAAUGGCGAGCCCAACACACUCAUUCUCUUCGAGGAGGCCGGCGGCGACCCUUCACAGGUCAUCUUCCACUCUGUCGUGGCAGGCUCUGUGUGCGUGUCCGCUGAGGUUGGGGAUGCCAUCACACUAUCCUGCGGUCAACACAGCAAAACCAUCUCGACCAUCGACGUGACCAGCUUUGGUGUUGCGCGUGGUCAGUGCGGCGCCUAUGAGGGUGGGUGCGAGUCCAAGGCUGCGUACAAGGCUUUCACAGAAGCUUGCCUUGGGAAGGAGUCAUGCACAGUGCAAAUCAUUAAUGCUCUCACCGGCUCCGGGUGCCUCUCCGGCGUCCUCACCGUCCAAGCCUCAUGUUGAUGCAUUAUUGGGGUCUAAUAAUUAGAUUUGGUUUGUUUAGAUUAUGCUCUAGGAAAACCUGGUGCAUGUAUUAAGUUCAAUAUUAAACUAGAGUCUUAUAUAUGUGAGUUAAAUUGGAGUGUGAUCAAGUAAUCUUAGAUUGUGUGAUAUUGGAACAAUUUGCAUCUAUAUAGUAUUUUUGUGAGUGAAAAAAUUAUUGUCUUUA